AUGGUGUUCCAACUCCCUGUUCUCGCAGGCUCAAGCUUGCGCGGCAAGCCUCUGACCGCCGCUAUUGCCUUGAUCUCCGGUGUUGGUGAGUUGAUGCGACUGGGGACCCGAAGGUUGCAUGCCGCUAGGACUGGAUGGGCGUCUAGGGCACGUCCAUUCCUGCAGCGCCGCCAUUCUGGCCGCGCGUGGUCGUUCAUGGCCGAAGGAAGGUGCACCAGGUUCGGCAACGUACCAUGUGCUUGGUGAAUUCGAGUCGUUCGCAAACGCUCGGGCGCAUGUACCUGUGCUUGCCUCUCGGUGGCGGUACAAGCAAUCAUCGUCUAACCUUACUUCUCCAACGAUUCUUACAGGUUUCCUGCUCUUCGGUUACGACCAGGGUGUCAUGUCAGGGCUUUUUGCAGCUGGGCAGUUCUCUCUCAAGUUCCCUCAGCUCGCUGAAGUCGAUCAAUUUGGCAGGGCUAUGGUUGAUGGUCGAGACGCCAACCCUCAGUUCGACUCGAAUGUGCAGGGUGCUGUGACUGCGAUCUACGAGAUUGGCGCCAUGAUUGGAUCUCUCAUUGUUUUGUGGAAGGGUGAUGCAAUCGGCAGUGAGUAGACGAGGACGGUACGAAUUUUCAGAUUUUGUCAUUUUUAACACACGCUUCGCACACAUCGUGAAGGACGUACCUCGAUCGCAAUUGGCGCAACUGUCAUGAUCAUCGGAGCUACAAUCAUGACGGCGUCUUACGAAAUUGGCCAAUUCACAGCAGGCCGAAUUAUCACGGGCAUUGGAAACGGUAUGAACACAUCGACAAUUCCCAUGUGGCAAUCCGAGCUCAGCAAAGCCCACAAUCGUGGUCUUCUUGUGCUUAUUGAAGGAUCGCUGAUCGCCGCUGGUAUCAUGAUUUCUUACUGGAUCGAUUAUGGCUUCUUCUUCCUGGACAAUUCUUCAGUGCAGUGGCGUUUUCCCAUCGCUUUCCAAGCCGCUUUCGCCAUCGUCUUGCUUAUUGGCAUUCUGUGCUUGCCCGAGUCACCUCGUUGGCUCAUUAAGAAGGGGCAGAUCGACCAGGCCAGCAGAGUGCUGGCCCAGGUCGACAACACCACCGAGAACGAUCCCGAAGUGCAAACUGUCGUUCGCCAGCUGCGCGAGUCUAUCGAAGCGUCGGAGCAGUUGCUCGGAGACUUCAGCUACAAGGAGCUCCUACAGCAAGGACCCGAGCAGAACUUCUACAGAACUGCGAUCGCUUUCACGGCCCAGGCCUUCCAGCAGCUGUCUGGUAUCAACCUGAUCACCUAUUACGCGACGACGGUUUUCUUGUCCAUCGUCCCUGACCGCAACACGGCUCGACUUCUCACGUGCGGCAACGGCACAGAGUACUUCGCUGCGUCGAUCGUUGCGCUAUUCCUCAUUGACACUCUGGGCCGUCGCAAACUCAUGAUCAGCACGGCUUUCAUGAUGAGCGCCUCCAUGGCGGUGUUGGCAGGCACAGUCAGUGUGGUCGAGUCCAAGCCACCAGGGACAACCGGCAUUGGUGCUUCAUACGUGGCUGCUCUUUUCCUCUACCUCUUCAACACCUUCUUCGCGUGAGUCCCAGUUCCCCGACGCGACCGGGUUGAGCGGGGGCGUUGCUGACUCUUGAGUCGCUCUUGCGCUCUCGUCCACCGCAGUUUCGGAUGGCUCGGCAUGACCUGGCUAUACCCACCCGAAAUCACCCCUAUUCGCAUUCGCGCACCGGCUUCUGCCAUUGCCACCUCUUCGAACUGGAUCUGUGAGUUGGAAUUGUGUAGUCUGGAGUUUUGCCAGCCGGUACUUGUACGCGAGCUGACAAUGUCCGCAAAUUCGGCGCAGUCAACUUCCUCGUCGUCAUGAUCACACCCCCAGCCUUCGCCUCGAUCAAGUAUCAGACUUAUAUCAUCUUCGCGGUCUUGAACAUGUCGUUCGUCCCCGUCAUCUACGCCUUCUUCCCCGAGACGAAACGUCGUGGUCUGGAAGAGAUGGACCUUAUGUUCGCCGAAGCGCACGAGACGAAGUUCUGGCACACUUCUCGUUUCAUGACGGAGGCUUGCUACCUGUCCGUUACCAAGCCAUACCUGUCUUCCGAGGAGCUCGACGUCGAGAUUGCCAAGCGCUACGGAUCUCAGGCCGUCAAGCACGGCAACGAAGGAUACGACGUCGCCGAGAAGGCUUCUGACGACAAGGCCGACAAGGCCGCUAGCACCGAGGAGGCGCGCGACCGCGACAGCUCCCGCAGCGGCAGCAACUCUCACGAAUGA